AACUCCUCCUCCUGGUUCCCGUAAAGAGUUCAUGUCGGUGGAUCCUCUUCUGUCUUCGAUGUCAUGAGACCAUUCUGGCCAUUAAACUGGUUUAUCAGACGAUCUUCGACGGGACGAGACAUGUCGACGGACUGCAUCUUCUGUCUGAUCGCGAGCGGUGAAGACGAAGAGGCUGAGAUCGUGAAGCAGAACAAGGAGCUGGUGUGUUUCAAAGACAUCUACCCUGCUGCUCCUCACCACUACCUGGUGGUGCCCAGACAGCACAUAUACAGCUGCUUCUCACUGCACAGAGGACACAUCAGCCUGGUUAAAAAAAUGGCGGAAAUGGGGAAAGCUGUGCUGCGCGAACAAGGGAUCACUGAUAUGACGGUCGCAAGGUUGGGGUUUCACCAGCCUCCUUACAUAUCGGUGGGCCACCUCCACCUCCACGUGAUCGCCCCUGCCAGCCAGAUCUCACCGUACAUGUUGUAUAAGUUCAUCCCAGAGACCGAGUCUUUCAUUACUGAAGAAUCUCUACGGAGGGAUCUACAGGUCAAGCAUCAUUGUUCAGAAAAUUGUAUGUGUCCCAGAUUCCUCAACAGGACUUUAGUUGCAGCCGAGGCACAGACGUGUGAUUUAGAACACAGCCAGAUGUAGAGGAGUCGGAUUGAGCUUUUCAAAUGUUGUGCUCGAGUCAGGAUCCUGCAGAAGCGGUAUCUGUAAAGACGAUUACAGAAAACGAUUUGUGAAGUAAGAGAUGUCGCUGCAGGCUACAGCUUAACACAUGCACUAUAUUUAUAAUAUAUGUCUAUUUUUAUAGCGUGUGUUUUUGUGUGUGUGUAGAUUUUUGUAUGUAUGCAUGCGAGUGCAUAGAAAAAUGAGAUAAACGACAUUUUUAUGGUUAGUAAUAUAUAAUAAGAAAUCAGUGGAUUGAUUUCAUUCAACAUCACGAUGAUGUCAAUAACUCUGUUUAUCUUAAAAUAAAGAUUUUUUUUUUUGAUAAGUUGUCUUCAUCUGACUGAUUGUGUAAAGAGGUGCACUGUGGCCUCCAUGUCUUUGUAUCCUAAAAAUAUACUGAGUUUAAUGAC